AUGCCCGCUCAGCCUUCUAUGGCGUAUGCCACCCUCUCUCAGACAAUACCCUCCGCGCCAUAUAUACUUUCGAUCCUCCCUUCCCCAUCAGGCCACCUGAUCCUCCGGCAUCCGGCGCCAUAUCUGACGAUAGCCGACCCGCAGACUCUACAGGCUAUAGGCGUCCUGCAGGGAGGUCACACCGGGAACGUAAGCGAUGUCGUGGUGGAUGAGCAGGCUAUAUGGUCAGGCGGAAAAGAUGGAGGAGUGGUGAGAUGGGACGAGAGGGAGCGGAAAGCCGCCAUCAACUUCAAGGCUAAUGUGCGCAAGGCCGUCCCUGUGACCUCUCUGGCAGCGUCCGAGUCGGAUCAUUUGAUCAUUGUCGGGACAGAGGUCGUCUCAUCCGAGUCACAUAUCCUAUUCUACGAUACUCGCAACCCCAAAACUCCCGCUUACUCGCACUCCUCCACCCACUCUGACGAUAUCACUCAUCUCUCCCUCCUUCCUCCGACAUCUACUUUCACCUCCGCAUCCUCAUCCACCCCCCUCCCUCUUCGCUUACUACUCUCCGCAUCCACAGACGGCCUUAUCGCCCUCUCGGACAUGCGCGAAUCGGACGAGGACGAGGCCGUCCAAGCCGCCGAGAACUGGGGUCAAAGCAUAGCGUCUGCUGGAUACUUCGGCGGGAAGGUCUGGGGGCGAAGCGAUAUGGACUCGGUAGCAGUAUGGACUAUCGGGCGGGCGGAAGACGAGGGGCUGGAGCUCGGCGGGUUGGUCGAGUACCCUUCGGAGGAAUUCAAGUUCCGGACGUAUGACCUCCCCGCUACGAACGCAAACGUCGUCGGUCCGGCGGGAGUCAAGAAGGAUAAGGUCCGGUCAGACUACCUCGUCGAUGUCGUCCCGACCCUCGGGCUCUCGAAGGGCGGCGCACCGAUGACCAUCGUCGGCACCAACGAGGGCGAUAUGGUCGUCCAGCACUACUCGGGCUCUGCUGCUCCGGCAUACAAGCCAUCGGCCUUCCUCCUCUCCGGUCCGGACACCGCCACCCAGAAGCGCGGCCACAAGGACGUUAUUCGGUCAUUGUACCAUGACGUCCGGAACGAGGCGAUCUAUACCGGUUCGGAGGAUGGCGCACUCGCCGGGUGGUCUCUGGCGGGGAUGGACAAGCUGAGGAUAGGCAAUCCAGAGGUGGACGAUGAUGGUGGAGACGGGAGGGAGGAUGUGGAUAGCGAUGACGAAGGGGAUGAGGAGAGCGAGAUCGAAACAGACGAGAGCGGGAUGGAUGUGGAUGAUGAGGAUGAAGAGACCGAGGAGGGGCCGAGGGAUGGGCCUAUACUGGGCCGAGGGGCGGAAAGGAGGGAGAAGAGGAAGGAUAAGCGGCAUCAGCCGUAUUGA